AUGUCUUCAACUGUGAACCUCUCUUCCUUCCCGACCCUGGCUCCAAUCGACAGUAACCUGAAAUCAAACCUGGCUUUGUCGACGCUCCCUUUUGGCAGUGGUCUGCCAACCCCUCCUAGCGACAUGACUGGAGUGACCUACAAUGCUAUGCCACCCGUUGCCUACGGUGGGAAACCGAAUGGGAUGCCGGCUCAUCUCUACACCAACUCCCGGCCUUUCGAUUCCAUUUCGUCCUCGAUGAUGGCUGCUAUGAAGCCCCAGACACAGACUCAGACUUCGUCUGCCAAAGAUGCCCCCGCAUCGGAACCGGUGGCGCAGAAAAAAUCGACCAGCUCAAGAGGAUCGCAGCUUCGGAUUCCCUCGUCUAUCAAUAACAGCAAAGGAAAUCUGGCGGAAUUUGCGGCUCAGAUGACCUGUCUUUUCUGGUUUGAGAAGACUUCCAAACUACAAGCCAUCGAAGAUCACCAGCACCCCGUUCCUUCUCUCGUUCCGGAGGCAAUCCCCACCGUUGGAUUCCAGAAAUGGGUCUCUACGAUUCUCUCCACGACCCAGGUCAGCCAGAACGUCAUUCUGCUUGCCCUGCUGUUUAUCUACCGAUUGAAGAAGUUCAACUCCGGCGUGAAGGGCAAGAAGGGGAGUGAAUUCCGGCUGAUGACGGUUGCGUUGAUGCUCGGCAAUAAAUUUCUUGACGAUAACACUUACACCAAUAAGACGUGGGCUGAGGUAUCCGGCAUUGCGGUGCACGAGAUUCACAUCAUGGAGGUGGAGUUCUUGAGCAACAUUCGCUAUGAUCUUUUCUCUUCGGAGUCCGAAUGGAAGAAGUGGCACGACAAGCUCAGCCUCUUCGCCGACUACUUCAACCGGGCUUCGAUGCUACCAGCCGAGUCCGCCACUCUCCAGGUUUCGCCUCCUCGUUUGCAAUCACAGUCGCCUUCCAAGCUGCCGUCGCCCAAUGGUGAAUACCGCCCACAGUCGCAGCCUAACUGGUACAUGCCAUUGAAUGGGCUGCCACCAUACUCACUGCCACCACAGCCACAGAGUGGGGAGUCUACUUUCCCAGGACCUCGGAAGCGCAGCCGCGAUGAGAAUGAAGACAUGCAGCCAACAAAGCGGGUCGCAAUGUCCGCCGCCACCUCUGCUCCUUCCAUGACGGCCCCGCCGACUACGAUGACUGCGAUGCCCACUCUGCCACCUGUCUUGACGCCCACCUCCGCCCCGGUGGCACCCAUGAACAACAUGUCCCGUCUCCCGCCUCCCCAUCAACCGCCUCCAAUCCAAACUUCCUACUCCACCCCUUCACACCUUCCAGCUAUCAUGCCUCCUAUGUACCACCGCUCUCAGAACUGGCAGCAAAUGCCUCCUCUCUCCGUCCCUCCGAUGCAGUCUGGCACAUACAGUGCGCCCACCUUGCCUGAGCUUGGACGGCACAACCCUCAAGGCUCCUUUGGUGUAUCUUCUGCCGCCGUUUCUCCCGCAGUCUCAGCCUACUCGGUUCACACCCCGCAGACGCAUCUCUCUCCUUCUUUCUUCCUCGCCAACCGCAACUCGCCAUAUCGGCCUGUGCGUUCGGUGAACACCCUCCUCAUCCCGCCGCCAUCGAGCUCUUUGCAGCAGCAACGUAGUGUGCCCUUCGACCACAUGCACUACCAACCACUGGGCAAGGGCACCACUUCUCGCAAGACUGGCUUGCUACCCUACAUUCAGCCCGAUGCGUGGAACCCUCCCUAUCUGCAACCCAUCUACCCACCCUCCAGCUACGCUGGUUGA